AAUGGGGAGUGAGAAAAGUGAGGAGACCGCAGGCAGUGGCCCCCACCCCAACUCAACAACAUUUCUGGAGAGGGAGAACUCUGUGUCUUCUGACGAGCUGCAUGGUCUAGAACACGCUCAUUAUUCUAGUGAAGGGCUCCCAUCCAUCCCGUGUUUCUUAAGUGCUGUGCAGGGCUGCAUUGAGGAAGUGAUGUUACACCCUGUCAUCUCCAAGACCCUCAGUCUAUUUCAGGGUGUUCUCUCAAACAUGUUCACUCCAAACAGAUCUCAAUACCACAUGCAGAGCCUGUUGCAAACUAUUCCAAAACAAGAACAGGCUCAGCUGAAGUCAUGGGCUCACAGCCGGCCAAGCUGGAAUAAGCUUUACAAUUUGUUAAUCACCCUCGUAAAACAUCAAAACCUGGUCUGUGAUAUUGUAAGGGAGGUAAAAACAGAGAACUUAGAGGACACCAGCAAUCCUACUGCUUCAGAGUCCAGAUCAGCAGUCAGCUCUUACACAAACACCACCACCAACACAUCACCAGCUGGCACUACGGCUCCCCAGCUUUCUGACUGGAAGGUUAUCGUGGAUCUCUGCUUGGUCCUCAAACCUUUGGAUGUGGCUUGUCGAACUCUCACCAAGGAGGCCUUCCCCCGACUCUCCCUGGUCAAGCCCAUCCUCACUGGUCUCCUCUCCCGUCACCUUAAACCCAGCUCAGGAGAUUCAUCAGCCAUAUUGAAGGAGGUGAAGAGGAUGAUGAGGCAGAACUUAGCAAGUUGCUAUGACAACCCUGUUGUUAACAGGGCUCUGUGUGUGGCAUGCUCCCUUGACCCCCAGUUCCAUGGGCUUGGAUUUAUGGAAAUGAAGGAGCAGAUAGCCACUUUUGAGUGGCUGAAGAAGGAGGCAGUCAAGAUCGUGAAGGAAGACAAGAGGUGCAGCCAAAUUAAGAGGCAAAGCCACGGAAAGAGAAGUCCCUCCCCACUGUCACCAGAGUCAGAGAGUGACUUCUUGCGCAGGAGCAAACGGCUCAAAGACAUCCCUCCCAUCAACUUCAGAGAACUUGUAAAUGUGAAAGAUGAGGAGAGUGAUGCAGAGGAGGCAGAUGAGAGUGAAUUGGGAAGUCCAGGCUCUCCAGCAGGACUCUCUGGUAUGGAGUUCCUACUGGGGGACCUGUUCUGCUCGGCUCCACAGAGCAGGCAGAGCUCUGUGGAGGAGUCGGUGGACAUGGAGAUGUCUGUCUUCAGAGUCGACAAGGGGGCCUCCUUGGGAGUGGAGCCCCUGCAGUGGUGGAGGACCAAGGCUGUGCAGUUCCCCCUGCUAGCCAUGGUAGCGCGGGCCUACCUGGCUGCCCCGGCAGUGGCAGGUAGUGCUGCACAGGACUUUGUCCAGGAGGAAGGAGGGGCCUCUUACAGGAAGAGGGCCAACAUUCCACCAGAGAGUUUGGAUGCAAUCUUGUUUCUACAUCACAACCACACUGACAUUGGGCAAACUGCAUUUAGGAAUGAUGACAAGCUCUAAAAGAAGACUUGAGAACAUCCCUUACAGACGUACAGGUUUGUAUUGCUUAGCUUGUAAUGACUAUCUGUGGACUAGGGUUGUCACGAUACUAAAAUUUCAAACUCGAUAUCGAUACCCUGGAAAAUAUUCGAUACUCGAUACCAUUUUCGAUACUGCGGAAAUCAAAAAAUAACAAAAAUUUUAAAGGGAUAAAAAAAUGUUUUUAUUAAAAUUAAAACUC